CAGCUUGUCCCCACUAUCCUCUUCCUAGCCACCAUGGCUGCACCUCUUCCUCUCCUGGGACUCAUCUCUGUGCUAUGUACAUUGCAAUGUCAAGCUUCGGUAUCGGGCAACGGAAGGUCACCAAGAGAAACGAAUGCUCCACCACCAGUAGACUGCCUGCUGAGCUCCUGGGGCAAAUGGACUGAGUGUGACCCAUGUACAAAACAAAGGUAUCGCUCUCGGAGUAUUGAGAAGUUUGGCCAGUUUGGCGGCAAACCUUGUGUGAGCAAUUUAGGAGAAGUCCAACGGUGUAAAUCCGAUACACUUUGCGUGGAGAAAGUAAUCGACUGCGGGAGGGAUUUCCAGUGUGAAAAUGGUAGAUGUAUAAAGGAUAGGCUGAAGUGUAACGUUGAUAAUGACUGUGGAGAUUUCUCUGAUGAAGAGUGUGAAGACAGAGACCCGAGACCCGUCUGUCGUGGUGAUAAUCUUGAACUGUCUGAGCCAGCCAGAACAUCAGGAAACGGAGUCAGUAUUCUUGGAACGGACACGAAGGCAAACCCUUUUGACAAUGAACAUUUUAAUGGACUCUGUAGUCGAGUUCGUGAUGGUAACACAAGAACAUAUUAUCGCACACCAUGGAAUGUCGCAACACUGAAUUAUCAGACGGUAGCUGACAAGGCUUUUACAUCAGAAACUUUCACUGACACUGUUUCUGUGGUGGAAAGUGUUUUGAAGGAGACGACAGAAAGCUUUGAGGCAUCGCUAUCCUUCAAGCUCACACCAACUGAACUAAGCAAAAAAGCCGGAGGAGGUGUCAGCGGCGUUAAAGACGUUGCAGGAGAUAAGGGUGGUAAAGAGAUUAAAGAAGCUGGUGGUGGCGCAGAGACUGAAGAACCUGAUGCAGCGGGCGUUAGUGGCAAACAAUUUACAAUCGGUGGAGAGAUUGGAAUUGAGAAAACCAAGAAAGAGAAAGUGACUCAGCUCAAUGAGUACAAAUUAGACAAGAAUAAAAAAUUCCUGCAGAUAUCAGGAAACAUACAGCUGGCAAAAUUUCAGAUGCGUACUCGGGGUUUUGUUGUCACCCCAACUUUUAUUGAUGAUGUGAACAACCUGCCAUUAUUUUAUGACAAGGCAGAACAUUUUGCCUUUUUGGAAAUGUAUGGCACUCAUUAUGCAACCUCUGGAAACAUUGGUGGCAGAUAUAAGCUUGUCUAUGUACUGGAUGAUACCGUUAUGAAAACUAAAGCCGUCACUGAUACAGAAGUGGAAGAAUGUCUCGGAUUCAAUCUUGGCUUAAGCGUAGAUGGUCCAGGAAUAGAAGCCAACGCCAAAUUAAAAAGGCCAAAAUGUGAAAAAGUUAUUGGUCAUAAAGAGGCAACACCAGAUAAAGCAGGAAUCAUUCACAAAGUCGUUUCUUUUGUUGAGGGAGGAGCAACAGCUUUUACCGCAAAACUAAAUGCUAAACUUGAGCAUGAUGAAAAAAUUGACAUUAAUGAUUUUGUGGAAUGGGCUGAUUCCUUAGGAGACAAUCCUGUGAUUUUAAAGUCUAAGAUAUCCCCAAUUUAUUCUCUGAUCCCACUUGAUAUGAAAGACUCGUACAACAAGAGUCAACACCUGCAAAAAGCCAUUCAUGACUACAUUGAGGAAUACAGCACAUGUAAAUGCCAGCCAUGUAGAAAUGGCGGUACCUUGCUUGUGGUAGACGGUGAAUGUUGGUGCAAGUGCCCAAACUACUACGAGGGCGUGGCUUGCCAGACAUCAAAGUCUCCCCUAUAUCCAUCCUCUGCAGCCAUCGAUGGACACUGGAGCUGCUGGAGUGACUCAUCUUCCUGUAAAAAUGAAGAAAAGACGCAGACGCGUCAGUGCAAUAACCCACCCCCACAGAAUGGCGGUAAGCCAUGUGCUGGAGACAAGGAAAGGAAAAUCUUGUGCUGAGCUGAAGAAGAAUAUCUUAUACUAUGAAGGCAGCCGAGUCUCUGGUUGAGCGAGUCAAUCAAAUUGUAAAUGUAGUAAUUGUGUAACAUAACAAGGAAGAAGGAAAGAGAACAUGCAUAUAUAACCUUGUACCUGUGUAAGUAAUGAACAAACAAUAAAUAUGCAUUGAGAUACAA